AUGAACCUCCGAGGCUCCCACCUCCACUCCUGCCUCUGGAUGUUGUUGGGUGCCACCUUGGCUUUGGGGCAGGGACAAGUAAGCGGCCGUCUAAGGCUGGCAGUAUUGCCUGAGGACCAGCUGCAGAUGAAGUGGAGGGAAGCAGAGGGAAGUGGCCUUGGCUACUUGGUGCAGGUGACACCUAUGGCAGGGGACUUGGAGCAGGAGCUGAUAUUAACCACCAAGAUGCCCAAGGCCACCGUGGGUGGCCUGAGCCCUUCCAAGGGCUACAUCUUGCAGAUCUUCGAGCUCACUGACUCUGGGCCUGUCCUGCUGGUGCGAAGGGAGUUUGUGAUUGAGGAUCUGAAGAGCCACUCUCCGAGCAGAGGCAGCCGGAGGCUGGUAGGACCCACCCUGGAUCCUACCUCCUUCCCUUUGCAGGCCUCAGACCCUGAGAAAAUACCUGAGCCCAGCAUCGCCUUCACCUCGAGCAGAGACUGGCCCAUUCUUGCUGACCCCCAGUUCCACUGUAUGCCCCCAACUCCUACCGAUAUAAUCUUCCUGGUGGACGGGUCCUGGAGCAUCGGCCACAGCCACUUCCAGCAGGUCAAAGACUUCCUGGCCAGCAUCAUCACACCUUUUGAAAUAGGACCAGAUAAAGUCCAAGUAGGUCUGACUCAGUACAGUGGAGACCCCCAGACCGAGUGGGACCUGAACUCCUUCCACACCAAGGAGCAGGUGCUGGCAGCGGUGCACAGCCUCCGGUACAGAGGAGGAAACACAUUCACAGGCCUUGCCCUAAACCAUGUACUGGGGCAGAACCUGAAGCCAGCAGCAGGUGCCCGUCCAGAGGCAGCCAAAGUGUUGAUUCUGGUGACGGAUGGCAAGUCCCAAGAUGAUGUGCGCACAGCUGCCCGGAUUCUUAAGGAUCAGGACAUUGAUGUCUUUGUUGUGGGUGUGAAGAACGCCGAUGAGGCUGAACUGAAACUCCUGGCCUCCCAGCCACUGGACAUCACCGUCCACAAUGUGCUGGACUUCCCCCAGCUGGCCACCUUAGCUGCUCUACUCAGCCGCCUUGUUUGCCAAAAGAUCCAGGGCAGGGGCCCAGUCAAACCAGCAGCCGCUGCUCUGGCCCUGGAUCCCCUCCCCAUGCCCACCAGACUUGUCCUGACCCACGUCACCUCAUCCAGUGUCCACCUGUCUUGGACUCCGGCCUCAUACCCACCCCUUAAGUAUCUAAUUGUGUGGCAGCCUUCUAGAGGUGGUGCCCCCAAGGAGGUGGUCGUGGAGGGCCCUGUCUCAUCCAUGGAGCUUCAAAACCUGACCUCCAACACAGAAUACAUGGUCUCCGUGUUUCCUGUCUAUGAGAAUGGUUUUGGCAAGAGCCUGCAAGGCCGGGCAACCACAGCACCCCUGCCUCCACCUGGUGCACUGACCCUGGCUUCAGCAACACCCAGAACCCUCCACCUCACCUGGCAGGCAUCUGCUGGAGCCACUCAGUACUUGGUGCAGUACUUGCUGACUGCCUCCCCUGGGGAGAAGCAAAGGAGAAAGGUACAUGUGGGACAGCCUGAGGUACUGCUGGAAGGCCUAGAGCCGGGCUGUGACUAUGAGAUUUCAGUGCAGAGCCUUCGGGGACCAGAGGCCAGUGAAGUCCGGAGCAUCAGUGCCAGGACCACUGCUCUGGGGCCCCCAAGACACCUGAGUUUCUCAGAUGUGAACCACAGCUCAGCCUGUGUGAACUGGGAAGCCCAGAGGCCCGUGCGCCUGGUCAAGGUCAGCUAUGUCUCCAGUGACGGCAGCCACUCUGGACAGACUCAGGUUCCUGGGAAUGCUACCUCAGCCACCCUGGGCCCCCUUUCUUCCUCUACCAAGUACACCGUCCGAGUCACUUGUUUUUACUUCGGGGGUGGCUCCUCCGUGCUGACCGGCCAUGUGACCACAAAGAAGGCUCCCAGCCCUAUUCAGCUGUCUGUGGUGGAGCUCCCAGGAGAUGCGGUCAAGCUGUCAUGGGUGGCUGCUGCCUUGUCUGGUGUACUUGUUUAUCAGAUCAAGUGGAUGCCCUUGGGAGAGGGGAAGGCCCAUGAGAUCUCUGUCCCAGGGACCCUUGACACAGCCAUCUUACCUGGCCUGAUGAGUCAUGUGGAGUAUGAGAUCACCAUCCUUGCCUACUACAGGGACGGCACUCGCAGCGACCCUGUGUCCCUCCGCUAUAUCCCCACCUCAGCAAGCAGGAACCCCCCAUCCAGCCUGGUCUUGUCCUCGGAGACCCCCAACAGCCUUCAGGUCAGCUGGACACCACCAAGUGGCCAUGUCCUACAUUACCGGCUCAACUAUGCCCCGGCCUCAGGUUCUGGACCAGAGAAAUCCAUCUCUGUGCCAGGCACCAGGAGCCACAUUGUACUUCCUGACCUGCUGUCUGCCACCAAGUACAGGGUCCUGGUCUCAGCCAUCUAUGGAGCAGGAGAGAGUACGGCAGUGUCUGCCACCCACCGCACAGCAGCCUGCCCAGCCCUGAACUCGGACAGUUCCCUCUCAGGGUUUGACCUGAUGGUGGCCUUUGGUCUCGUGGCAAAGGAGUAUGCCUCUAUACGAGGUGUGGCCAUGGAACCCUCGGCUCUGGGUGCGGCCCCCACCUUCACGCUCUUCAAGGAUGCUCAGCUGAUGCGGCGAGCCAGUGAUAUCUACCCAGCAACUCUGCCACCAGAACACACCAUUGUCUUCCUUGUGCGCCUACUCCCUGAGACACCCCGAGAAGCCUUUGCGCUGUGGCAGACGAUGGCGGAGGACUUCCAGCCCAUUGUUGGGGUUCUGCUGGAUGCUGGCAGAAAGUCUCUGACUUACUUCAACCAUGAUCCCAGGGCAGCCUUGCAGGAGGUCACCUUUGACCUGCAGGAUGCAAAGAAGGUUUUCUACGGAAGCUUCCACAAGGUCCACGUGGCUGUAGGCCACUCCAAGGUCAGACUUUACGUGGACUGUCGGAAGGUGGCUGAGCGACCUAUCGGGGAUCCUGGCAGCCCACCCACGGCAGGUUUCAUCACACUAGGGAGGCUAGCCAAGGCCAGAGGGCCACGGAGCAGCUCGGCCACGUUCCAGCUCCAGAUGUUGCAAAUCGUGUGCAGUGAUACCUGGGCAGACAAGGACAAGUGCUGUGAGCUUCCUGCAUUGAGGGAUGGAGAGACAUGCCCAGCCUUUCCUUCUUCCUGUGCCUGCUCAUCUGAGACCCCUGGGCCACCAGGGCCCCAAGGUCCUCCGGGCCUCCCCGGAAGGAAUGGUACUCCAGGACAGCAGGGACACCCGGGGCCCAAGGGAGAGCCAGGACCACCUGGACAGACAGGACCCGAAGGCCCUGGAGGUCAGCAGGGGUCACCUGGGACCCAGGGUCGCACAGUCCAGGGACCCAUGGGUCCCCCAGGAGUCAAAGGAGAGAAGGGAGACCAUGGACUCCCAGGCUUGCAGGGCCUCUCUGGCCAGCAAGGCAUCCCCGGGAAAACUGGCCUACAGGGACCAAAGGGAAUGAGGGGACUGGAGGGACCUGCUGGCCUGCCUGGACCACCUGGCCCCAGGGGGUUUCAGGGUUUGGCAGGGGCCAGAGGCACCAAUGGGGAGCGAGGACCCCCAGGGGCAGUGGGGCCCACAGGCCUACCGGGGUCCAAAGGUGAACGAGGAGAGAAGGGAGAGCCACAGUCCCUUGCCACCAUCUUCCAGCUGGUGAGCCAGGCCUGCGAGUCAGCCAUACAGACACAUGUGAUGAAGCUGAAUUCCUUCCUCCAUGAGAAUGCCCGGCCCCCAAUGCCCUUCAUGGUGGAGACAGGAAAGCCAGGCAGACCUGGAUCUAUAGAGUCUCCCGGAUUACAUAAUGAGAAUCUACUUCGUGGAGACGGGGGACAUGUCCACCAUCCCGAGGAACAAAGUGAGCCUGCAGCCAUCAGCCACACAAGCAGCCCUGGACUGCAGGAAGGGAAGAUCCCAGAAUCCUUGGGGUGAACAGGUGAAUUUCCAUCAUCAUGCUAGCCGUGGAGGAAGAAGGAGGAACAACCUGAGUAGAGGAUACCUGCUUGGGCUGUACAGUGAGAGGGCGGGAGAUGGUGCUGGCUCCAUCUCAGAAGCACUGGCCGUGAGAGUGGGAAACUGGUUGCCUGCAGACUCUCACUGGGCCAGCGAGUGUGGAGGAGCAAUAGGGUAGAACAGGGGUUUGAGCUGCAGGAGUGUGGGGGCUCACGGACCUGGGAGGAGAGAACUCAGAAAGGCACUCCGGUGAGCACCUGGCCAGGUGAGUGCUCCUGAGGUCUGAGACAGUGCUGUGGGGGUUCUGAAUGUGGGUGAUACAGUUGAGACCAGGGGGCAGGGUGCAACACCAGAUGGCCUCUUUCUUUCCUCUGGAUGUCCUGAGCAAGCUUUCUGUGUGCAACCCUGCCUGAGGAGGUGUUUCCGGGCGCACAUGUGGGAGAUAGGGUACAGUGAACAUAGGUGGGCAUGAAUACAGAUAAACACAGGUGAGUUCUGUGAACACAAGCGCAGGUGAAGGCAGUGAGCGCAGGUGGCACAGAUGGAUCCACAUGGGUUCAGAUGAGUGCAAUGGCCUUGUCCUCAAGAAGGUGAUGGCACUGGAGGCAUCUGGGAGCAGACUCAGCAGGCACAAGGACUUGGAGUGCUGGGGUGGAUGUCUGAUGGAAAGGGGUGACAGGAGUGGGGAGUGGGAAGCCAUCAAAUGGACAAACUAGAGGAUUGGGUGAGUACAACAGCCUUGCCCCUGCUCAGGAGACUGCAGAACAGCUCACGGUUCUGCUCUGUUUCCACGUCACAACACAAGCCUGUGUGUAGGGACCUCAAGUUCUGUCUCUCCGGGGUAGCCUGCGCUCACUGUGCCAGGAGGCUGGGUCACGGUCUCCUAGGCUACAGUCCGGCUGUGUCUGCUCUUCUCUCUUGCCAGGAUCCCCCUCCUCCAUGCCACUUGAAAUCACCCUGUACUGCCCCAACACCAUCAUCCAUAUCUUUUGUCUCAACACUAAGAACGACUGUGUCCCUCGAGGGACAGAGAGGGAAACCAAAGGAAGACCCUGAAGCAGCAGGACUUGGAAGGGAGAAGGGUGGCACCUCUCAAGCCCCUUCUUUGUACACUUCAAAGUUCAGAUAAACCUCUGCUUGUUCAUCAGCCCAUGUGCGGUGUCUCUCUGGUCACUGCUGAGAGCUGUCCCCCACCACUUGUGUUACUGAUCAUUUAAAGCUCUCCAGAAUUCUUGGGCCUCCUCAAAGCUCAGACUCCUUCCUCAUCAAGGCUCAGCCAGGAUCCUGCACUAACCCC